AUGGCCUUAUGCACUACAUUAGCCACAAACCUAGUGUCAUUUACUAAGCUAAGAAAACGAGGAAUUUGGUGGAAUACAAGCCCAGAAAACAAUUAUCUACGGCGUUCAGAUAGAAGCAAACUCGGCGAGGUCUCGGAGAUCGGAGGGCAACAAGUGCUCAAAUAUAAGCAUUCUCCCCAAGACCCAGAACCAACACAAGCUAGACUAGCAGUAAACACACUUCCUAUCCCUCCAAAACGGCGCACAUAUACAACGUGGACCAAGAGAAAGCCAUUAAGAGGUAACACCUUAAUAUGGCACCUAAGGUUAGGCCACCCAGGGCCGGAGGCUCUCCGAUGCCUAGCCACGUCUGCAAGAGGAGUACGGAUAAAGUCAGAGAUUCCAACAGGAAUACAGCAAAUAACCACAGUUAACUGUAACGCAUGUAGAGUGGCGAAAGCUCGCCAACUGGUACGCCGCGCUCCUCGAGAGUCGGUUCAAGUUGCAAGUCCAGGAGAUCGAAUAGCCAUAGACUUCCACCCCAUAUCACCAGGAUAUGCAGGCUAUAGUUCAGUAUGGAUGUUCACAGACAGAGCAUCAGGGUUUACCUGGGACUAUUAUGCAACCGAUCGGACAACCCCCGCCAUCCUCUCGGCGCUAAAAGGCUUCUUAAAUAUAAUGGAAGUACAGUACUCCAAGAAAGUGAAGGUAAUCGAAUGCGACAAUGAGAUCACGACGACCCAUCCACAAGUAUACGCCAAGAUAGUUCAGCAAGGAAUACGAUGUAAACCAUCUGCUCCAAACACACAGGCUCAGAAUGGUAGUGCAGAAAGAGUAGCUGCAGUUAUUAUCCAGAAAAGCAGGGCAAUAAGGGCAGAUGCAAAAAUUCCGGAAUACCUCUGGCCUGAAUCAAUAAAGGCAGCCACCUAUCUCUACAACCGUACGCCAUCGGUUCGGAGACAGCACAAGUCACCAUAUAAGAUAUUCCACUUGGAGUGCGUAGCCAAGCAGUCGGCAAAACCAGACCUAUCACACCUCAGAGCAUACAGAUAUAAAGCGUUUACACUAACAAAGGAUGCACAACUGCAACGCAACAGAUUGCAUCAUCAAACCCCUAGAGGAUGGAUUGGAUACCUAGUAGGAUAUACAUCAAGUAAUUCCUACAGGAUCUGGAACCCGUUGAACAAGGAGGUAUUCUCAACGCGGGAUAUUACCUUCAAUGAACACCAGUGCUUCGACGGAAACACGGCGACCCUUCGAGAUGACCUACGGGCCGAAGACCUAGCGGCGAUAGAGAAACGAAUCAAGGAACUAAUCUCACUUCAGCAAACUCAGCCUAAUCCAUGGCAGAGGCAUCUGGCAAAUGAAGAACCAGAUAAAAUUACUGACGAAAAUGUAGAAUUUAUAAGCCCUGAAGCCGACAACUCGGUAAAGACAGGCGAGGAAUCGGAACCAUACACCCAGUUCAGAUUCGAGCUAUUACCAACACCCCCGGAAUCACCCCCAUCGGGUUUCUUCCAUGCAAUAGAAGAUGACCUAAAGGUAAAGAGGGGUGGUGAGCCAGUAAGUAGAACCCUCGCCGAGAUGCAAGCGAGAAAUCGUAUUCCAUUCAAUAUAGCGUUCCUGGCAGGGACGCUAUAG